GAGACACCUUUUCUAUAUAUAAAUCAGCAGCUACCUAAAGCUUGCCAGAGGGGCCACAGCAACAACUUUCCACAUAUAACUAUCCGCCAAUACCAAAUCCCACCCAGGACAAACAUCAACAUCAUCCAGAUCCAUCUACUGUCAUCUCAUAAACCGCCCACAGACAGGCAUUCUCAAUCGAUCCAGGGACCAGGACCCAGCUCUCAGAUAUGCCGUCAUCAUCGACACGGGGUUCGGGGAAACCCGGCUCCUUGAGCAAGUCGAAGCACAAGUCAGAUGACUGGUCUCAGAUCUUGGAUCCAGAAGAGAGGAAGCGCACUCAAAGUCGCGUAGUGAAGCGCAAAUCUCGAACCAAGGCCAGAGAUAAGGAGAACCGGCACUUGCAUCAUCUGAACCGCGAUGGUAGCUACCAAGGCCGCAGGGCGAAUGAUUUGGAUCUGACAGAAAGCGGCAUGGAUCCGUCACCAGUUUUGCCCUUGUUUAUGCAAAGCAGUCCUGGCUGUUCAGAGGCUAGACCUGGCGAGAGCUUCACAAUUCAAGAUGGUAACUACAUGCAGGGCCAGGCGGCGACGUACGUACCAGUACCUUAUGUUGCCAAUCCCGCGGCAACCACGCAAGCCGAAUCACACGCAUCGUUGCCGUGUCUGCGGUCGAUAAACCAUGUGAAGCAGCAAGAACCCCAGGCGCAUACAAUACCCACAGUUCAUGAGCAGCUCACACAUCAAGCGCGAAGCGGCGCUAGGGAGGCAUUGGGCAUCGAAGCCGAUCCUGACUACUCGCCAGAAAAUUACCCUAAUUUCACCCUAUUCAACCAUAGGCAGGAUAUGGUACCGGCUCUGCAAGUUCUGUCAAUAUUGGGACAGCAUCAGCCACCCUUGUCUGCCAUGACGACUAGUGACAUGGUCCCCCAGGGCGAAAUGCUUUCUCCAUGCGCCCAAAGUACCUUAACGCAGCUUCAGACAACUGAGAAGAACAGAGAGACACAAGUCAGUGAGCUUGGUUCUCAAGGCUUUCUUGGCAUGCUUUCAAAUGCACCCGAACAACCUCAGGGCUCAGUUGCAAGUAGCCCGGCUGCAAAACUUAUUUCGCAGAAGAAUUGUGACGAAAAACUUCCCUAUUACUGCAAUAAAACCCAUAUGCCCGAACAUGUCAUCCAUACGGGUGUUCGAACCUACGAAUGUGCACAAUGCGUUAAUACCUUUUACCAAAGAGACAGCCUUGAACGCAACCUCAAAGAUUCUCCUUGGACUGAAUUUCUAGUAGGCUAUGGGAACAUGGACACCACGCAGAAUUAUGACCAAGAAGGCCCAUACUCGAUGGUCAGGUCGGGAGCGCAUUCAUGGCAACGGCAGGAGGUAGGGCUGGUUCCGGUGGGCAUAGACAUCGAAACUGGCUCUAUAUUCCAGGAGCCAUAUGAUCUUCUAUCGACCCUAGCUCCAGCGCCUUGCACGAAUACGGCCACUGUGGUUUUUCGAAAAGAAGGGGAUGAAGAUAAUAUCACCUCAUUCUUGAAGUACGAAUUGUCGCCAAGCGUGAAUAUUUGCUUGGAAAUGAAAGACAUGUUUCCAGAGUAUUCAUGGCAACACGACUUUGAUGUUAGCCAGCAUGUCACGGGGCUUACGGUUUGGUAUUACAUCCCGGACAGCACCAUUUCUGUCAGUUUUAAGCUUUGCGCUCAAAAAGUCUCAAGAUCAGCGAUCUUCGAUCACAAUAGCGCAAUUAAAGGGUCAGAAAUCAUUUCAGCUCCCGCACCUGUCGAGCAUUCCUGCGUUGCGGCCUAUCUGUCGUCUUUAAAAGGCCACGCCGUAACAAAUCUUGAUCGUUUUGUAACCCAGAUCCGAGCGGUUAUCACACCAGUUCCAGCAGGGAAUCAAGGGGUGUCUUUGGCCAACUUAUUUGUUUCAUUCGAGCUGAACCCCAAUGUUUCUGAAAAUGAUUUGCUCCACGAUGAUUCAGAAGGGAUCGAGUUGCUCAACGAGCAGCGCAACUGCGAUGAGUAUGACUGCGAAUCUCUCCUUAAUCAACCUUCUCAGCAUGUUGUAGAUCAAGAGGCAGACGCACCGGAGCAUUUUCGGCAAGGAACGCCUCACCAACCCGCCAACUCAAACACUUUCAUCCCAGGUACAUUCAAAACUGAAAACCAACCAGAUGAUCACAAACGCGUUCGUGAGACGACUGCCAGCACGGAGGAGAAAGAAUGUUUUCAGUGGCAGUCAAAUAUCAAAAAGGGAAACGAAUUUUGGAUGAGAAAAGCCAACGGCCUCCUGGUGGCAAUUUGCCAAGAGAUCUCGUUGGCCGGGGAUAUGCAGACAACACGCAGGCUGCAACCCCGGUAA